AGGCGUAUAGUAACACUCGAAAAGACGCAAAUUCAUACGGAAAUUCAAUUCCUUUAGAACCUCUAGAACCUCUCAUACGCAAAUUCAAAUUCGUCAGUCAUACACUAAUUCCAAAGCUCGAAUUGCAGAAGCUCGAAUUGCAGGUAAAAUUGGCAUUGUGAUUGGCUGCAAUUUUUGGAGAUGAACCAAACGCAUCAAAUGAGUAGCUCCUUCUCUCCACCCGAUGUCUCUGUGAAGAGAAAGCGAGGUCGUCCUAGGAAAGAUAAAAGUCAGAACCCUGGGAAAAGUACCUAUAUACCGCGUAAAAGGGAACAACCAAACCAUGGUGAAGGUGCUCCUAUUCCUCCUGGAUUUGAAGGAGUAAAUGGGGAUCAACAACCACCAUCAGUUGAUACAAUGAAGAACAAUAAAGAGGAGUCCAUGGUAGGCCAGGUAGUUACUGGUGUGAUCGAAGCAGUAUUUGAUGCUGGUUUUUUGCUCUCAGUUCGUGUUGGUGAUUCUGACACGAGUCUCAGGGGGGUUGUAUUCAAGCCAGGGCAUUAUGUUCCUGUUUCAGCUGAUAAUGAUGUAGCCCCUAAUUUGCAAAUGAUCCGAAGAAAUGAGGUUCCUUUCCCAUCAGGGAAACAAGGUCAUAAACGCCGGGGAAGAGAGAGAAGUGACCACCAUGCUGCACACCCUUCAAAUGGUUCACCUACUUCUAAUCAGCUGGCCAGGGUUCGAGCUACACAAAUGUCUAUAGUGCCAGUGCAGUCGCCCCACCCAGUGGGAGAAAGAGGCACUGUGGUACCAGUCAUCCUGCAACCAGUGAGCUUGUCGAAUGGUGCAAGUCCUGUUGUUGAAGCACCUCCCAUUGCUUCUCAACCUGCUCACUUGGCCGCCUCCAAAAGCAAACAGCGUCCUUUGACCCAGGAGGCUGUACCCAAAGGAUCAGAGACAGAUAGUGGUUCUGCAUCUCAACCGUUUGAUGAACUUGUCACUGCUGCUAAAAAAAUGCAAGGGUCACCUGAGUCUGCAGAAAAUCGGAAUAAUGAUAGUGGACUAUCUAGCAAAGUGUUGCCUAAUACUGCAGGGCUUACUCCAGAACAAGUCCAGGACUUGAGUAAGCCCCUGUUGGUUAAGCCCCUCCAAUCCAUCCGCUCAGACUCACCAGAUCAAUCUACAACAAUACCCCACGCUUGUCCUGAGAGAAGAACAGGCAAGAUGACAGAAUUGCUUAUGGCUGUACAAGAAAAUUUGAUGGCAAGGCAGAUGGCUGACGGUCAUAAUCAAGACUUCAAGAGCCCAGGAAAUUGAACGGUGCAGAAAAGAACUUGGAAAAUCAACCUUGAGAAUGAAUGAAAACAUUUGCUUUUAAGGUCACAGUCUCCCAGCAUUCGCUAUCUUAUGCGCAAAGACCAGUCGAACAUCUAACUACCAUCUAGUUGGUAAAGCUAAGUCUGUCGACUGUCGUUAAGCAGCUAUGAAAGGAGACCUAGAGUCUACACACAAUUUUCCAGCUGCUUGAGCGCGCUAUCCUGUCCAAGGGGAAGGCAAGACUGUUGUGCUAUGUGGUUUGAGUUUUUUCAUUCCUUGUAUAUCUUUGGAAUGAAUUGUAUGAAUAUGUUUAUUAGAAGCUCCAGCAAACUAAUUAUGUUUAGUUUGAGCACUUGGCAUUUGGAUCUUUCUUGAUAACAAGUUUUCGAUGCCCUAUGCAGUAUUUAGUACGUA